AGGCUCGGAAUUUGUAUAUAAUUUUUUUAAAACAAAGCCCUUUCACAAAAAAAAAACUUUUUUUUCUAAUAAAAAAUGAACACCAUGUUGACAGGUCAUAAAGCAUUACGAAAAAGCUUUGUGCGUUAUUCCUCCUACAAGUCUAUUGUGGUUGGAAAGCCCUUUACACCAAGUCACCGUGUCUAUAUUGCAGAAAAGGACAAGGUUAUUUCUCCUUUCCACGAUAUUCCUCUCUAUGUCAAGGAUGCCGACAAAAGCAUUGUCAACAUGGUUGUCGAAAUCCCUCGCUGGAGCAACGCCAAAGUCGAAAUUGCGACAGGAGAAAAGUUCAAUCCGUUAAAGCAAGAUAUCAAGAAGGGAAAACCUAGAUUUGUGCGCAACUGUUUCCCUUACAAGGGUUAUAUUUGGAACUAUGGUGCCUUGCCACAGACAUGGGAGGAUCCCAACCAUAUCCACCCUGAGACCAUGGCUAAAGGAGAUAAUGAUCCUAUUGACGUGAUUGAAAUUGGACAGGAAAUUGCUCAACAAGGUCAAGUCAAGCAGGUCAAAGUCUUGGGUAUCAUGGCCAUGUUGGAUGAAGGUGAAACUGACUGGAAAGUCCUUGCCAUUGAUACCAAAGAUCCCAUGGCUCAUCAAUUGAAUGAUGUCAAGGACGUAGAAACAUUGUAUCCUGGUUUAAUAGACGCUACAAGAAAUUGGUUCAAGAUUUAUAAAAUCCCUGAUGGAAAGCCAGAAAAUGAAUUCGCCUUUAACGGUGCCUGUAAGGACAGAGAGUAUGCAAACACCAUUGUAGCUGAAACCCAUCAUGCUUGGAAGAACUUGAUGGAUGGAAAAGUAGAUAAACACAGCAUUGACUUAAAUAAUACUACCCAAACAAGUCAUCGUGUAGCAUCUGAAAACAUUGUGUCAGAUGGAGACAUCUCAAGUACAAAAGAAGAGGAUGCCAAGGGAUACGACCCCAAGUGGUACUUUGUAUAAAGCGAAAAAUGCAAAAUCAUCUGGAGUUGAAAAAAAAAAGAAGCUCGGUUGUAUCAUGUAGGACAAAAAUGAGCUCUCUCUCUAGUGCGCUUUGUUAAGUUUGAAAGCAAACCAUGUGCGAAAUAAAGAUACCUUCU